GUGGUUGGCGGCCGCGGCCAUUUUGUGGACCCUUUUAUUCAACCCCCCCUUCCCGCUGUAGCUAUCCAUUAAAUCCUACCUUGGGGGCUGCCGAGGCCGAAGAAAAACGAGAGGUCUUAGGCGGCUCUCUUUUUUCAAUCGUGUCUCGGAGCCUCCCUACAUUUUUUCCGGUCGGUGCAGCAUCCUGGCUCUGUCUGGGAGCGGCUUUCCUGUAGCGUGAUGGAAGACGACGGGCAGCCCAAAACCCUGCGCUCUGAAAGUUCCACAGUCAACAAGAACAUGUAGAAAGUGCACAUACCCAGCUAAACUCACUAUGUAGGAAAUCUUUCCAGAGAUGUGACCGAAGUCCUUAUACUUCAAUUAUUCAGUCAAAUUGGACCCUGCAAAAGCUGUAAAAUGAUAACAGAGCAACCCGAUAGCAGAAGGGUCAACUCUUCUGUUGGAUUUUCUGUUUUGCAGCAUACAAGCAAUGACCCUUAUUGCUUUGUGGAAUUUUAUGAACACAGGGAUGCAGCUGCUGCAUUAGCUGCUAUGAAUGGGAGAAAAAUUUUGGGAAAGGAAGUAAAAGUUAACUGGGCAACAACACCAAGUAGCCAAAAAAAAGAUACUUCAAAUCACUUUCAUGUGUUUGUGGGAGAUUUAAGUCCAGAAAUAACAACAGAAGAUAUUAAAUCAGCAUUUGCUCCUUUUGGUAAAAUAUCGGAUGCACGGGUAGUUAAAGAUAUGACAACAGGAAAAUCAAAAGGAUAUGGUUUUGUAUCAUUUUAUAAUAAAUUGGAUGCAGAAAAUGCAAUUGUGCAUAUGGGAGGCCAGUGGUUAGGAGGUCGUCAGAUCAGAACUAACUGGGCAACACGAAAACCACCUGCCCCUAAAAGUACACAAGAAAACAACACAAAACAACUGAGAUUUGAGGAUGUAGUAAAUCAGUCAAGCCCCAAAAACUGUACUGUCUAUUGUGGAGGAAUUGCCUCUGGAUUAACAGAUCAGUUGAUGAGACAGACAUUCUCACCUUUUGGGCAAAUUAUGGAAACAAGAGCUUUUCCAGUUAAAGGCUAUUCUUUUGUAAGGUUUUCAACUCAUGAAAGUGCAGCACAUGCUAUUGUUUCAGUCAAUGGAACUACAAUUGAAGGGCAUGUUGUUAAAUGCUACUGGGGUAAAGAAUCACCAGAUACAACAAAAAAUUUCCAGCAGGUGGAUUACAGUCAAUGGGGGCAAUGGAGUCAAGUUUAUGGGAAUCCGCAGCAGUAUGGGCAAUAUAUGACAAAUGGAUGGCAAGUGCCAUCUUAUGGAAUGUAUGGUCAAGCAUGGAAUCAACAAGGGUUUGGUGUUGAUCAAACACCAUCUGCAACUUGGAUGAGUGGAUUUGCUGCUCAGCCUGCCCAGGGACAAGCUGCUCCUGUAAUACCUAAUCAGGCUGGCUAUGCAUUUUAUAUCACAGGUUUUGAGAAAAAUUACAUUAAAGAUGCUUUUAAUUGAACAUUAAAUCCUGAUGUUUUCCUGUGGACCAAAAAUUGCAUCAAAGCCAACAAUAUAUUCUUCAUUAACUUCAGAGCCAUCAUUUAGAAGACAUAUUCAUGGAAAUAUUUUAAAAAUUAAUUUUAUAAAUAUUUGAACAAACUGAAAUCUGGUGUAAAUAUUUUGGUUUGGUCUGAUAAACAUUGUUAUCUGUAGUAGUAUCAAAUACUUCCGUUUACAUCCAGAAGCAAAUUACAGCUUUUCAAAUCUAAUACGCUUGAAGUACAAAGUUUCAUUUAAUUUGGAGGUGCCUUUUUAAUUUUGUUUUUUAAGCAGUCAUAUUUGUCCCUUUACAUUACCAACUGCAGUGUUACAAAGGUAUGCUCGGACACGGAAGUAGCAAUUUUACAGAGAAAGUUAUUUUAUUCUGCUGCUUUUUUUUGCAGUAGAUUAACAAGAAUGCACCAAACACUUCCAAAACUAUCUAGUAUAUACAGUGAAAAAUUAUUAUUCAGAAAGCCUUAAUUUUAAAUUAAUCAUUCCGUUUGUCACCAGAAAACUGAAUUAUUUUACUUUAUGCUACCCACUGUGUAAAUAAUGAGGUGGACAACUUUGUGUACCUGUAGAAGGCUCCUAUAAGUUCCUGAGUGUUUUAAAAAUGACACUGGAUUUUUUUAAAAUCUAGGAAUAUUUAGCUGAAUUUUUUUAAAUUAGAUUAAAGAAUUUCUAAAAUAAGGCAUUUUAAUAAUGUCCCAUAAACAGAAAUGCAGUUGGAACAAGUAUACAACUUAUGGAUUAUACUUAAAUGUAUUUCGUUUUUAUUUAUUUUUGAGUGGCUUGCAUUUCACAAAUUUGUAUUGAAGCUAGGUUGUUUGUGGAUUGAAUAUUAUUGAUAAAUCAUGAAGUGGGUAAAAUGUUACAUAGGGUUACUUUUUACUUUAUGGAUACACUGACACAAUAAAUUUGAAAUUCAAAAUGAA